UGAGAACGAGGCGCUGUGGCGGGAGGUGGCCGGCCUGCGGCAGAAGCACGCGCAGCAGCAGAAAGUCGUCAACAAGCUGAUCCAGUUCCUGAUCUCCCUGGUUCAAUCCAACCGGAUCCUGGGCGUCAAGAGGAAAAUCCCCCUGAUGCUGAACGACGGCGGCGCCGCCCAUUCCAUGCCCAAGUACAGCCGGCCGUACUCGCUGGAGCACCACGGCAACGCCGCGUACUCCGCCCCGGCCCCGGCGCUGUCGGGCCCCGAGCUGCUGGCGGCCGAUCCCGGCCCCAAUUCCGGCCCCAUCAUCUCGGACGUGACCGAGCUGCCCCCGUCCAGCCCCGAGGCCUCCCCGGGAGGGAGCCUGGACGAAGGUGGGAUCAUUCGAAAAAUUCCAUGGGAAUG